CCCCCUCCCCCCAGUGCCAGUGCUAAUAAAGUGUCUGUGUGUGUGUGUACGGUCUAAAUGGUGUGAUUGCUCGAAUGCAGCAGUACGCAAAUGUGUGUCCACGGUGUGUUACUAGCAGGGGACGAAAUUGGCUGCUGCUGGCGCUGCUGCUGCUGAUGGCGUGAGCGCGGUAGAAAUCAAACCAAACCCAGAAUUCGAGUGUGAGUGGGUGCAUACCUAACAUAAAAAAUUAAAAAAAAAAAAAAUAGUGCGACAGAGAGCAUCGAGUGAGGCGUCGUCCCCAGGUGUAACGAGCCAUGUCAGUCAUGCAUCCGAGAAUCUUCCUAAACGUUUGCUUCCUGCUAGCGCUCGGGCUCGAAAUCGAAGCCAGCUGGGAGGAAUGGUGGACAUAUGAUGGAAUUUCAGGACCCGCCUUCUGGGGGCUAAUCAACCCGCAGUGGAACAUGUGCAACAAAGGGCGCCGCCAGUCGCCGAUCAACGUGGAGCCGGAGAAGCUACUGUUCGAUCCCUACCUUCGGUCACUGCACAUCGACAAGCACAAGAUAUCGGGCACGCUGCACAACACUGGCCAAUCGCUGGUCUUCCGGGUGGAGAAGGACACCAAGCAGCAUGUAAAUAUUUCCAGCGGCCCGCUCGCCUACCGGUACCAGUUCGAGGAGAUCUACUUCCACUACGGUACGGACAACAACCAGGGCUCGGAGCAUCACAUCCACGGGUACAGCUUUCCCGGUGAGAUCCAGCUGUACGGUUUCAACAAGGAGCUGUACCACAACAUGUCCGAGGCCCAGCACAAGGCCCAGGGCAUCGUCGGCAUUUCGCUAAUGCUGCAGAUCGGCGAUACGCCUAAUCCGGAGCUGCGGAUAAUUACCAGCGCCUUCAAUAAAGUCCUGUACAAAGGAUCUUCUACACCGAUCCGGCAUAUCUCGCUGCGAUCGCUGCUGCCGAACACGGAACAGUACAUGACGUACGAGGGUUCGACCACACAUCCCGGCUGCUGGGAAAGCACGGUCUGGAUUAUCCUCAAUAAGCCCAUCUACAUCACCAAGCAGGAGCUGUACGCGCUCCGGAAGCUGAUGCAGGGCUCGGAACAAACGCCCAAAGCACCGCUGGGCAACAAUGCGCGGCCGCUCCAGGCAUUACAUCACCGAACUGUUCGGACCAACAUCGACUUCGCCAACACGGGCGUCAGCAAGACGCAGAGCUGCCCGACGAUGUACAAAGACAUGUACUACAAGGCGAACCGCUGGACGUCCGAGAUAUCGGCCCGGGGCCGCGAACGGGGGCUGCCCGACAUCGAGAGUGUGUUCCAUUCGCUUCCAUAGUGGCACCAGCGGGUCCGUUCCGAUGCCGGACAGAUCCAGAGCCGCCCGACCGCCAUCACCGGCUAAAAAAAAAAAACCGGGUGCUGUGCGCGACCGGGUUUAGCGGCAGGAUGAGACUGACACGAGAAGAACACCACACGGCAAGCGGGCGGGCGCGCGCGUGGCCUCUUCACACCGAUUACCGCUGAUGUUGCUGCUGCUGCUGCGUAUGUUGUCUACCUUUCAGGGGCCGCGAGUGGUUGGGUUUGAUAUUUGUUUAUGGUUCUCAACAGACACCGUUCCAACGCGGCUUCUCCGAGCUGCAGCUCUAGGGGCGGCUUAUUUUUCACUCUAGCGAACGUUCCUUUUCGCAAGCCCAAGACCGUACCCACGCACCGAUGCGAGCAUUAAGCGGAUUUAUUUGACAAAAGGUAGCGCGAAGCUAAGGCGUAAGCACAAAAUUGACCCAUUGCCUAUAUACAAAACAGAACAAAGAAGCAUAUAUAUACAUAUAAUUAUAAAUAUACAUACACGUAUGAAUAGAGCAAAGCCUACUCUCCAACUAGCGAAUAUUGUAGUACUAAUAAACACGUACACACACACACACACUCAUACACCUAAACAAAGGAAAAAAAGUGUAUCUCUACCAAACACGAAACAAAGUCAUCUUCUUCUUCAGCACACAUACCACCAAUGCCACAUUACAGGGGUUUUCUGGGAUUCUCAUUGCAAGUGGGAUACUUGCUUGAAUCUUUCUUAUAGGAAAUGAACUUUAUAUGAUGAGAAUUGGAUUACUAUGUAUGACUUUAGACCUUCAGAUACGUCGAGAGAUGUUAUAUAAAGUUCAGAAUUGGACUCUAUGGCACUCUUUUUGGACAGAUUCAUUGAACACUCCUAUUAGAUUUGAAUGAUGCUAUAGAGUUCACAUACAGUUUCACAUAAAGUUCAUUUCGUAUAUGAAAUAGUCAUGAAAAUAUCCAACAAGUAUGAGAACCCCUGAAAAACCCGGUAAUGCUUGGAUACUGUGUGUGAAGCUAUACUACAUAAAAAAAAAAACAACCAAACAAGACGCGCUUGGAUCGCUCUCCAUUGCUUCGAAAGCAGGCGUAAUGUAAAACAAAUAAUUAUUCUUAUGAUGUUGUCUACGAAAGGGGGAUGCCAAACUGGAGCCAUAGCAAAAUCAGGUGUAAACGGGAUGUUAUAUACACCGCCAUAUAACUCUUCAACCCUAACACACCGCUUCCUAGAAUCUCCAAGAAACUACCACACUCCAUCUACACCGCUAGCAACAUAGGCGUAAAAUUAUGUAACAAAAAUGAAGCAAAAGGUCAACCAAAAAAAAAAAAAACAAAACAAAACAGCAAACCAUUUGUGGAGAUUUGGCUCGUUCCCCCCUUCCUCAGCUGUCAGAUCGAUCAUGUGUAUGUGUGUGUGUGUGUUGUAAGCCGAAAGGUAACAGGGACUUUUUUUUCGUUUUGUUUUUGAAGCCACCGAGAAAAGGGUUGGCAAACGGGCUGCUUGAAAUCAGUAAAAACCGAAGACGUAGCAGACAAAGGGCGCGACAGGAGUGGUGUCAAGCCGGAGGCCUCUUUGCAGUGGACAAUAAUGACGGAGACGAUAAAAGAUGGCAAUUGACACAUAACAUACCCACACACGCACACACAAAACACAAAUGAAACGUAAACACUGCUUGUCGUGGUGGUGGUGGUGGUGGUGGUGGUGGUGUCACACAGCUGACGGUCGGCAGGAUCUUGUUAGCAGUUGUCAAUCGCAUUUCUAGUACGAUAAGAAGUGGCUUUUGCGGUGCGGAUUGCAUACCUGUGGGCGGUUUGCUGCACAAGUGCACGAUGGGGUGUCACGGGAAGGAUUCACACCAACACUUACACUAAACAUUAACGAGCUGAUAACUAUAUAGAACCAUACAUUUUGGGGAAGCGAUGGUAAGCGGUAAAUAGCACCAAACACACCCGUACAGUAGUAACAGUGUACUCAAGUAUAAACGCUUAAAAGAGACUAUUGCAAUCAAUAUAGACAAAAUCGCGUUUAUUUCUAUUUUUUCCUACCGAUCCCUAUAUAAUCGAUCGAUCCUCACGCAUCUCACCAUUUCUCUCAGUUAACAACGUGUUGGGUGGUGGUUGUUUAUGGUCGUUGAAGGACUGUCAGUUACUGUAGCGACGCUUAUGCUGGGAUCGCAAAUGUACUACACCGCAGACGAAAGGCAUAGGACGUCUUCCAUGGUCCUUUUAAGUGUAAAUAUAACAAUACGCAGAAAUAGAGAUAAAGGGUGAAGAGAACAGGUAUAAGAAGCGAGCGCGGGGGGGGGGGGGG